UUCAGCUAAGGUUGUGUCCCCCAAGGAGCGAGGUGAAACGGGGUACCUGCUUUUCCCAUCCCCGCCGAGUUUGCCUCAAUUUCUUCAGUAAGUCAAAUCAGUCCGUCAGUCAUUCAGUCUCCCCUGAACCAGGAUUGAGGACUAUGAAUUUCCCUUGCCCUCCACUUGCUCGAACUUCCAUCCUCUACGCAUCAUCAUUAUGUAUGGGUUUUGAGUUGAGUUCCUGAUUUGGCUGUUAUGAUCGUUUUUAUUGAAGUUGUUAUUUUUUUUGUCUAUUAUUAUUAUUAUUAUUAUCAUUAUUUUUACUUCAUCUCCCCUUUAAACAUCCUCGUGGAUGAUAAUGUCAUUAGUGAAAGUCGUGUGUCAUCUAUUUCAUGGUUCCAUACUUCCUCCCCAGAUGGUAUUCUCACUCCUAGACUACUGUCUGCUCUUGCUCUGCUCGAUGUUUCUCUCUCUCUCUCUCUCUCUUCCCCUCUGCCUCUCUUGCUCUCCCUCUCUCCCACUGUUCCUUCGCGGCUACUCUGGUUCUCACUUUUCGGUCCAUGUAAUUUCUACCCAGCCUCAUUUUCUCUGGAUCCCGUCUCUAUUUUUGGUUGUAUGAAUCAUUCAAGUCCUUCCCUUUCCAUCGCUGGGGUGGGUUUGCCGUCUAGACUGUCGGGCCUUACCGUCUGGUCUUCGGGGGAGGGAAUGAGAGAGGAGCCUGGGAAGAGGAGCAGUUGAUGGACCCGCGAUGGGCUUCAUGGGCCGGGGAGAUCCACUGUUGCCAGUCCUCUGGCGGGCUCGUCCUCCUCCUUGGGAUCACUAGUUGCACCCACCCCAUCC